AUGAUGGCAGCUCGUAAAGGAGGAGGAACACCAAAAACGAAUAUAUCAUCAUCGGUUAGCACUCCACAUUUGUCUGCUCAUCCAAGAAGGGCUAGUUCAUCAAUCAAUCGCGCUGUCAGUCCUCUAACAAACGGUAAUGCCACACAAACACCUCAGCAAUAUAAUUUCGCAUCAGGGCCGAGAAAGAUGCCAUCCGCUGGUGACAUUCGUCACAAUGUUGCAUCAGCACCACAAUCAGCCCGAAGCCAUCACGUCGUGAUGGCCUCUCAAGCACGAGGCGUUGAGGAGCACAUUGCCAGACUUGCGCAAAGGCGUGCUGCCGAGCAAUCAAAAGCGCAGAAUAAGGAUUAUCGCAGUCGUGUCAGAAAUCCUUCAGCCGGACGUUCAGUACCACAGAAUGCAACAACGAGUGGAUACUCAUCAGCGAGAGGAGCAGGGCCCGUUCGUUUACUCACCAAGAAUGCUCCCUUAUCGACGACAAACGCUUCUCUCUCCAAUCGUCCAAUAACGGCGCCUGUCACUAGGUACAAUCCAUCAAACGAUAUUCACGAAUCCGAUCAAAACGCGAACAAAUUACCGCAUCGUCCGAAUUUAUCUUCUCAUUGUUCCGUCUCAUCACAUCCGGUAAAAUCCUACCACGGCAGUCGUUUACCGUUGCCUUCAUCUGCACGACAAUAA